GAAAGUGAAACGCGUUCACUUUAGCUGGGCUUUCUAUAUAUUGCCAAACUAAACUUCCAUAGUUCAAACCUACACUAAAUAAUAUAUUAGUUUUCUCCAAACCUCCACUUUAAUUUUAGCAGCUUUAGUACUCUUGAUCAUCAUUAUAUUUGAGAUCAAGGAAUGGAGGAAAAUUUGAAGACCGCAGCUCAAAAUGGAGACAUGAACAUGAUUUAGACAUUACCUGGGAAGGAUCCAUAUGUCCUGGAUCGCAUCGAUCAUGUUCCAUUUAUUGAUACUCCUUUGCAUAUAGCAGCUUCUUUCGGUCAUGUUCAGUUUGCGACGGAGAUAAUGAGAUUGAAACCGUCCUUUGCUUGGAAACUAAACCAAGAUGGGUUUAGCCCCAUGCAUCUAGCAUUGCAGUAUGGUCGAACCAAGAUGGUUCUAGGAUUUCUAGACUGUGAGAGCAAUCUUGUCCGAGUUCAAGGGAGAGAGGAUAAAACUCAUCUUCAUUAUGUAGUUGAACAAGAAGAUGUUGAUCUCUUGACUGAAUUCUUAUCAGCUUGCCCUCAAAGUAUCCAAGAUAUGACCAUUCAAAAUGAGACUGCUUUGUAUAUUGCAGUGAAGAAUCACAAGGUUGAUGCUCUUGAUUUCUUACUUGGAGGACUACGUCGAGCCUACCAUCAAGGUUCUAACACCCAAGAGGGAAAAAUCAUAAACUGGAAGGAUGAUGAAGGGAACAUUGUGCUCCAUGUUGCAACUGCUAUGAAUCAACCACAGGCUGUGAGAUUGCUAAUAAAUAGUAAUAUUGAACUAAAUGUCAAGAACUCAAUGGGUUUGUCUGCUCUAGAUAUCUCAAAUCCUAACAGUGGACAAGUUAGAGAAACUCUACUCAAAGCUGGAGCUUUAAAUGCUCAAUCACUUCCCCAAAUUUCCAACAACUCCAGAGAUCAUCUGAGAUCAAAUCUGUCAUCCAAAGAAAGUACUGUAAUAUCUACUACUCGUUUCAGAAAGAAUAUAAGUAAUGAUACACGCAAUGUGUUCCUAGUAGUUGCAGCACUUCUUGUUACGGCUACUUUCCAGGCUCCACUAAGCCCCCCUGGAAGUGCUUGGCUGGACUGCAACAACAACAACAAUGACAACAAUGCUCUGAACAUAACUUUUGUUAACACCACAAGUAGAAUUAAUACUACUGAAAUUAAGCCCAAUAAAAAUGAAGGGUGUUCAAAAGCACACCUACUGGGGACAUUAAUGAUGAUAGGUUUAAAUGAAUUUUACGUCCUAUUGAACAGCUUAGCAUUUUAUAGUAUCACAAUGGUUAUCUAUUUCCUUCUUCCUGGUGGGCAAAUAACUGAGCUGCUGUCCUGCCCUCUGCUUUGUUUUGUUCUGUGCUAUAUAUAUGCUUGGCUAAUCCAUUGUCGCAAAAUGGCAAUCUUUGCUUCUGUAUCAGGGGGACUGCUAUAUUUAGUAUUUCAUAUUUGGAAGAGGGAGGGGCAUGUAAUCUUCACUGGAAGACAGAUUCUGUAGUUAAAACGAUUAGUGAGUGCUAUUGUAUGAUCUGUUUUGGUCCAGAUGUAUGCACAGUUUGAUUUCAGAAAUAACAACAGUUGAAAGAUA